AUGUUAAGAAACGCCUAUACGAGGAUCCUACUCCAGUUCUUAGGAGCUACAAUAUGCUCUUCUGGCGUUCUUGCUGCGAACUGCACUUCAGUGAUCAUUACAUCGUUGGCUGAUGCAGAGGCUCUACGCCAGAACUGCCCAGUCGUGAACGGAACUGUCGGCAUUGGCCUCUUCAAUGAAACUACAACCCAACAUAUCAACCUAGAUGGUGUGGAAGUGAUCCAAGGAAAUCUCCAAUCCGUUGAAAAUGUCUUCAAUACCGACGAUAUUACCUCGACCCCUUACACUAUCUCUAGCUCUACUCUGCGGCUGGUAGAAGGCAGCAUAGAGCUCUUUCAAGAUUCCUUGCAAAACCUCACACUUCCCAACCUGACCACUGUGUAUGGAUCAUUUUACAUUAUGGAAUCUCCAAUUACUUAUUUGGACAUUACCUCUCUUGAAUCGGCAGACUCGUUUGUCCUCGGCGGCAAUAAUCUGACUACACUUCACCACACCAAGUUAACCAACACGACUGCCAUUGAACUCUACGAGAUGUCGGUUGAUUCUGUUGAUAGCAUCCUCAGUAACCCACUCGACAUCAUUUCUUGUCAUAUCGAAGGUCCAUUCCCUAAUAUGGAAAGCAUCACUCUCGGAUUCACAAAUGUAUCUCAAGAGGUCAGGAUCUAUGCUUCUCUCAACGUUACGCUAGGUGGUUCAUCUGCCACAAAAUUGCACGUGGAAAGUCUCAUACUUGACGGUAACUCGACAGGUUUGACACGCAGUCCGACAUUAGAGUCAUUGACUGCCAAUUCUAUGGUUGUGACCAAUACAUUCAUGUCUCGCCUGGAUGUAGACUUUGACGACCUGCAAAGCUUGGAGUCACACAGUCCUAAGUAUUAUUACCUGGAGGAGAUUCGACUCCCACCACAAGCUGUGAAUUGGACUGGUGGUUUCGAGCUCUAUGUCACAGCCAACCCGAAACUGAACUUCACCUCUCAAUACACUAUCGAUGAUGCGGGAAAUCAAGUUCGAACAUGGUAUUGGCCCACCAAUGUGUCUAGGAUUGAAAUUCUCUGGCCUCUGAUCGGAAAUGGAUUCUUGCAUGACGACACGUUCCUGACUCAGGAGAUGCAACCGCUGAAUAGUACUCCUGCACCGUCAAUUUUAAAUGAUUUCAGUAUCACGCCAAACAAUAAUUCCGUCUUCAACUGCACUCCGUUCGAUACACUACACCAAAUGGGUCGUUUGAAUGGGAGUUAUUCAUGUUUCAGCGAACUCCCGUCCGCUGCUCCUGCGAUUCUGGUCCCCAGUUUAAUGGCUGUCAUUAGUGUUCUGUUCGGGUUGACCAUGGUCUCCACAUUUUGA